AUCGGCUCCAUGGCGGAAUGCGGCGACUCCCUUCCGCAAAGGGAAAGCCGAAAGCUGCCAUCUUGUGAACGAUGGCACUCUCGCGUCGAUGAGCUGGUGGUUCGUCGACAAUGGGUGGCUUGAAGCGGCCUCGGCGAACCCCGCAAUGCGCCAGCCCCGCGCCAUUGGGUCGAGGCAGUGCGUCGGCCCGCGGUUGGGCAGCUCGACGCCCCUCUCUCCAAACCUUGCGAUCUUCGGACAGAAUACUGUAACCACGAUUCUCCGUCGCUUUUCCGAACGAAUUCCUCAACUCGUACCAUACAUCAAUCGUCCUGUGGUUUGGCGACACGAUGGAGGGGCUCGGGGCCGCCGCAAGCAUCAUCGCGGUCGUCGAGCUGGCCGCCAAGGUCGGCUCUCUCUGUCUCGAAUACUCGUCCGCCGUCAAGAGCGCCAGGUCCGACAUCGAGCGCCUGAAAAAACAUACCGACAGCCUGAAGACAACCGCUGAAGGCGCGCAAAAGCUUCUCCAGGGUCCACAUGGAGCUCGGCUCGGGACUUCGCAGAAGCUGCGCGAAACCCUUAACAACACCCACUCGCAGCUUGGUGAUGUCGCUACGAAGCUGGAAGCGAAGUUGCAUACGGGUCGUACAGCAUCGGCAAUGAGACGCGUGGGGCUGCGAGCUUUAAAAUGGCCGUUCGAGAGCAAGGACGUGGACAAGAUCAUUGCGAACCUUCAACGAGAUCAGGACGCCUUUACGGCCGCCCUUCAGAUCGAUCAAGCGGCGGAAAUCCUCGAUAUCGGCCGUAAGAUCGACCUAACAAUGUUCCCGGUCGCAAGCGGCGCAGCCUUCGACUCGCACGCCGAGGAGCACAACGCACGAUGCCACCCCGACACCCGAACCGAGCUCCUUCGCCAGAUCCAGGAGUGGGCAAACGAUCCUCAAGCCGAGAGCAUAUUCUGGCUGAAUGGCAUGGCAGGGACGGGGAAAUCCACCAUCUCUCGAACCGUGGCCACCUCGUUCGCCAAAGACGGCCUGCUUGGCGCGAGCUUCUUCUUCAAGAGGGGAGAAAGCGACCGUGGCAAAGCUAGCUUGCUUUUCCCUACUAUUGCUAGUCAGCUUGUGCGCCAAAUCCCUGCCCUAGAGCCUUCCGUCAGAAAGGCCAUCGAUGCCGACGUUCCCAAGAAGGCACUGAGAGACCAGCUCGAAAAGCUCAUCCUCCAGCCUCUUGGCAGCAUUCACCGCACCACGGCAGUUGUAAUUGUCAUUGACGCUCUCGACGAAUGUGAUGGAGACAAAGAUGUAAAGACCAUCAUCUCCCUGCUCGCGCAAGCAAAUGUGGUAUGCUCCGUACGUUUGAGGGUCUUCAUCACCAGUCGGCCUGAGCUGCCUAUUCGCCUCGGUUUUAAGAACGUCCAGGGAAAGUAUCAGGGCCUAGCUCUACACCAAAUCCCAGAACCCGUCGUGGAACAGGACAUAUCGACAUUUUUGGGGUAUGAGCUCGCGCGAAUCAGGGAUGAAUACAACGGACAAGCUCUCCAGUACUCCAAACUACCACUGGGUUGGCCCGGCCAAGAUGUCAUUCGGACUCUCGCUCAGAUGGCCGUUCCAUUGUUCAUUUUUGCCGCGACCGUUUGUCGAUUUGUUGAGGAUAAGGCAUGGUUUAAUCCCGGCGAUCAGCUAAAGAAAGUCCUGCAGUACCAGGCGACAACGUUCGAUUCCGAGCUCGACAAGCUCGACGCGACAUAUCUCCCCAUCCUCGACCAGCUUACCGUAGGACGAACUGAUCUACAGAGGAGCCGCAUAUUAGCUCAGUUCCAGGAUGUCGUUGGCCCUAUUGUUCUCCUCUCUCAGCCCCUCUCAGUAUUAUCGCUUGCACGGCUUCUCAACAUCCCCCCUACGACUAUACAUGGAACGCUCAACUCUCUCCACUCCGUCCUAGAUAUCCGCUCGGAGGACGAUGCCCCAGUUAGGCUUUUUCAUCUGUCCUUCCGCGACUUCCUCGUUGACCCGGCCAAGCGUACUACGAAUGAGUUUUGGAUCGACGAGGUAAAAUAUCACAAGACGCUUGCGGAAAAAUGUAUCCAAGUUAUGGGCCAACACCUGAAACGAGAUAUUUGCGGUUUAAGGGUGCCGGGAAUACUGCGGUCAGAGGUCGGCCAGCAGACUAUCAACGCCCACCUACCGCCUGAAGUUCAGUACGCCUGUCGGUACUGGGUCCACCACCUAAAAGAAAGCAAACAUAGUAUAGAGGACGACGGUCUAGUCCACACCUUCCUGACAAGCCAUCUCCUCCACUGGCUUGAGGCUUUGUCUCUCCUGGGAAGACUCUCAGAUGGGGUAUUGUUGAUAAGAACGCUUCUGAACGCUACCCAGCUACAGCCGGACACAGCCUCUAAUUUUGUUGAAUUCCUAAAGGAUGCAGAAAAGUUUAUUCGCAGUCAUGGAACGAUUAUGGAACGGGCUCCAUUACAGAUAUACGGUUCUGCACUUGUCUUCAGUCCAACCUUAAGUGAGGUCAGAAAGCAGCAGUGGAAGAGGAGGCUGUCAUUUAUCAAAUCGGCCGCAGGUGUCAAAACCCACUGGGGUACGCACCAACAGACGCUCGAGGGUCAUAGCUAUGCCGUCAACGCGGUAGCGUUCUCACCGGAUGGGAAAACACUCGCGUCAGGUUCGGACGAUAACACUAUCCGGCUCUGGGAUGCGGCGACAGGUACACACCAACAGACGCUCAAGGGGCAUAGCGAUUCCGUCAUCGCGAUAGCGUUCUCACCGGAUGGGAAAACGCUCGCGUCAGGUUCGGACGAUAACACUAUCCGGCUCUGGGAUGCGGCGACAGGUACGCACCAACAGACGCUCAAGGGGCAUAGCGGUUCCGUCAGGGCGGUGGCGUUCUCACCGGAUGGGAAAACGCUCGCGUCAGGUUCGUGGGAUCGCACUAUCCGGCUCUGGGAUGCGGCGACAGGUACGCACCAACAGACGCUCAAGGGGCAUAGCGAUUACGUCUGGGCGGUGGUGUUCUCGCUGGAUGGGAAAACGCUCAAGACAAACCAUGGCCUCUUAAGUAUCAACUCAGGCUCGGAUGCUUCCCAAAACCAGAGUGAUAUUCUCUGGGUCGAUGGCGAAUGGAUCACCAAAGGUGGAAAGUAUCUUCUCUGGCUUCCUCCCGAUUACCGGGCAUCGUGCACAUCAGUGUACGAUCAUACACUGGUCAUGGGACAUGCCUCUGGGCAAGUGACGUUCUUGCAGAUUGUUUCCGCUUAGUAAUGCAGUAACUAGUGUUAUAUAUAUCUGAUAUCUUUGCUGAAAUGAAGGGUCUGGGAAAAAUGCUUGCUUUAUACUACUUAGUUCUCGCCACUCAUGUAAAUGUUGACAAAUACACCUUGCCACUCUGCGG